GGCGGAGCUCGGGGGAGCCUGGCUGGCUGCUGCAGGCGGAGGGCGGGCAGGGAGAGAGCCGCCCUCCCCUCUUCUCCUCCCGCCGGCCGGCGAGCAGCCCGCAGAGGGACGCGGGCUCCCCGGGCUCCCGCAUAAAAAAUGGCAUUUCAGAAGGCAGUGAAAGGAACUGCUCUCAUUGGAGGAGGUGCCAUAGCAACAGUUUUUGGCCUCUCUCAAUUUUCUCAGUAUAGAGACAAACACGGUGCCUUGGUGCAGGUGCAAGCUGCAGAGGGUGUCCCAGUGAGGAAGGGCCCUCUCCCCAGCAGGGAGCAGCAGAUCCAGGCCCUGCAGAGCGAUGCUGAGUUCGAUGUCCUGGUCAUCGGCGGGGGAGCCACGGGCUGUGGCUGUGCCCUGGAUGCAGCCACCAGAGGACUGAAAACAGCCCUUCUAGAAAGAGAUGAUUUCUCAUCAGGGACCAGCAGCAGGAGCACUAAAUUGAUCCAUGGUGGGGUGAGGUACCUCCAGAAGGCCAUCAUGAAGUUGGAUUUCGAGCAGUACAGGAUGGUGAAGGAGGCCCUGGAGGAGCGAGCACACCUGCUGAAGAGCGCACCCCACCUCUCAGCCCCGCUGCCCAUCAUGCUCCCCAUCUACAAGUGGUGGCAGCUGCCCUACUACUGGGUUGGCAUCAAGCUGUACGACCUGGUGGCGGGCAGCCAGUGCCUGAAGAGCAGCUACGUGCUGACCAAGGCGCGCGCCCUGGAGCUGUUCCCCAUGCUGCGCAGGGACAGGCUGGUGGGAGCCAUUGUCUACUACGAUGGCCAGCACAACGACGCGCGCAUGAACCUGGCCAUCGCCCUGACCGCCGCGCGCUACGGCGCCGUCACCGCCAACUACACCGAGGUGCAGCAGCUGCUCAAGGAGCCGGGCACGGGCGGGCGGCUGCGCGUCUGCGGGGUGCGCUGCAGGGACGUGCUCACCGGGAAGGAGUUCGAUGUCAGAGCCAAGUGUGUUAUCAAUGCCACGGGACCUUUCACCGACUCCGUGCGCAAAAUGGACGAUGAGAAGGUGCCCAACAUCUGCCAGCCCAGCGCGGGCGUGCACAUCGUCAUGCCUGGCUACUACAGCCCUGACAACAUGGGGCUGCUGGACCCGGCCACCAGCGAUGGCAGAGUGAUCUUCUUCCUGCCCUGGGAGAAGAUGACGAUUGCAGGGACCACGGACAGCCCCACAGAUGUCACCUCCCACCCCAUCCCCACCGAGGAGGACAUCAACUUCAUCCUGAGCGAAGUGCGCAACUACCUGGGAGCAGACGUGGAAGUGAGAAGAGGAGAUGUGCUGGCAGCCUGGAGUGGCAUCCGGCCCCUGGUGACCAACCCCGACUCCAAGGACACGCAGUCCCUGUCCCGGAACCACGUGGUGACCGUCAGCGACAGCGGCCUCAUCACCGUCGCAGGUGGGAAGUGGACGACGUACCGCGCCAUGGCCCGGGACACCAUCGACGCAGCCGUCAGGGAGCACAGCCUGCCCGCAGGCUCCUGCCAAACCAUGGGGCUGCAGCUCGAGGGGGCUCAGGACUGGAGCCCCACGCUCUACAUCAGGCUGGUCCAGGACUAUGGGCUGGAAAGUGAGGUGGCUCAGCACCUGGCUUCCACCUACGGGGGCAAGGCUUUUGAGGUGGCCAAAAUAGCCCAGGUGACAGGGAAGAGGUGGCCUAUUGUUGGGAAGCGCCUGGUGUCUGAAUUCCCUUACAUUGAAGCUGAGGUGGUGUACGGGGUGAAGGAGUACGCGCGCACCGCCGUGGACAUCAUCUCCCGCCGCACCCGCCUCGCCUUCCUCAACGUGCAGGCGGCCGAGGAGGCUCUGCCCAGGAUCGUGGACAUCAUGGCCAAGGAGCUCAACUGGUGUGAGCAGAAGAAGAAGGAGCAGCUUGAAGCUGCUAGAACAUUUCUGUACUACGAGAUGGGCUACAAGGUGAAAACAGACCAGUUGACAGACAGCUCUGAGAUCAGCCUGCUGCCUGCAGACAUUGAGAGGUACAAGAAGCGGUUCCACAUGUUCGACAAGGACAAGAAGGGCUUCAUCACCAUCCUGGACGUGCAGCGUGUGCUGCAGAGCAUCAGCGUGCAGAUGGACGAGAACACCCUGCACGAGAUCCUCAACGAGGUGGAUCUCAACAAGAACGGGCAGGUGGAGCUCAACGAGUUCCUGCAGCUGAUGAGUGCCAUCCAGAAGGGCCGUGUGUCGGGCAGCAGGCUGGCUGUGCUGAUGAAGAGCGCGGAGGAGAACCUGCGGCGCCGCCAGGCCAUCCCCGUGGACCGCAGCGGAGGGGGGCUCUGAGCGGGGCUGCCCGCUCCUGCCCGGCCUCCUCAGCCCCCUGGGCAGCCCUCCCUAAGGACUCUGCUGCGUUUGUCAUUGUCUCCUUCAUUCUUCAUCUCCUUACUGCUCUGGGACGUGGCCGUGGGGUGGGUGAGGUCCUGCAGCGCCAGGUGUGCAGUGCCAG